AUGCUGGAAUCAACUAUGGUACUUAUCGGGGGCACACUGGUAUCAACUAUGGUACUUAUCAGGGGCCACGCUGGAAUCAACUAUGGUACUUAUCGGGUGCCACACUGGUAUCAACUAUGGUACUUAUCAGCGGCCAUGCCGGUAUCAACUAUGUUACUUAUCAGGGGCCAUGCUGGAAUCAACUAUGGUACUUAUCGGGGGCACACUGGUAUCAACUAUGGUACUUAUCAGGGGCCACGCUGGAAUCAACUAUGGUACUUAUCAGCGGCCAUGCUGGAAUCAACUAUGGUACUUAUCGGGUGCCACACUGGUAUCAACUAUGGUACUUAUCGGGGGCCACACUGGUAUCAGCUAUGGUACUUAUCGGGGGCCACACUGGUAUCAACUAUGGUACUUAUCGGGUGCCACACUGGUAUCAACUAUGGUACUUAUCGGGGGCCACACUGGUAUCAACUAUGGUACUUAUCAGGGGCCACGCUGGAAUCAACUAUGGUACUUAUCGGGGGCACACUGGUAUCAACUAUGGUACUUAUCAGCGGCCACACUGGUAUCAACUAUGGUACUUAUCAGCGGCCAUGCUGGAAUCAACUAUGGUACUUAUCGGGGGCCACACUGGUAUCAACUAUGGUACUUAUCAGGGGCCACACUGGAAUCAACUAUGGUACUUAUCGGGGGCACACUGGUAUCAACUAUGGUACUUAUCAGGGGCCACGCUGGAAUCAACUAUGGUACUUAUCGGGGGCCACACUGGUAUCAACUAUGGUACUUAUCAGGGGCCAUGCUGGAAUCAACUAUGGUACUUAUCAGCGGCCAUGCUGGAAUCAACUAUGGUACUUAUCGGGGGCCACACUGGUAUCAACUAUGGUACUUAUCAGGGGCCAUGCUGGAAUCAACUAUGAAAGGUACUUAUCAGGGCACACUGGGUAUCAACUUUAUGAAAGUGCACUUAUCAGGGGCCGCGCUGGAAUCGAAAGCUAUGGUACUUAUCAGGGCCACACUGGUACAUCAACUAUGGUACUUAUCAGGGGCCGCGCUGGAAUCAACUAUGGUACUUAUCAGCGGCCAUGCUGGUAUCAACUAUGGUACUUAUCAGCGGCCAUGCUGGAAUCAACUAUGGUACUUAUCGGGGGCCACACUGGUAUCAACUAUGGUACUUAUCAGGGGCCAUGCUGGAAUCAACUAUGGUACUUAUCAGGGGCACACUGGUAUCAACUAUGGUACUUAUCAGGGGCACACUGGUAUCAACUAUGGUACUUAUCAGCGGCCAUGCUGGAAUCAACUAUGGUACUUAUCAGCGGCCAUGCUGGAAUCAACUAUGGUACUUAUCAGGGGCACACUGGUAUCAACUAUGGUACUUAUCAGCGGCCAUGCUGGUAUCAACUAUGGUACUUAUCAGGGGCACACUGGUAUCAACUAUGGUACUUAUCAGCGGCCAUGCUGGAAUCAACUAUGGUACUUAUCAGCGGCCAUGCUGGAAUCAACUAUGGUACUUAUCAGGGGCACACUGGUAUCAACUAUGGUACUUAUCAGCGGCCAUGCUGGAAUCAACUAUGGUACUUAUCAGGGGCACACUGGUAUCAACUAUGGUACUUAUCAGCGGCCAUGCUGGAAUCAACUAUGGUACUUAUCAGCGGCCAUGCUGGAAUCAACUAUGGUACUUAUCAGGGGCACGCUGGUAUCAACUAUGGUACUUAUCAGCGGCCAUGCCGGUAUCAGCUAUGGUACUUAUCAGGGGCCAUGCUGGAAUCAACUAUGGUACUUAUCAGGGGCCAUGCUGGAAUCAGCUAUGGUACUUAUCAGGGGCCAUGCUGGUAUCAACUAUGGUACUUAUCAGGGGCCACGCUGGAAUCAACUAUGGUACUUAUCGGGGGCCACGCUGGAAUCAACUAUGGUACUUAUCGGGGGCCACACUGGUAUCAACUAUGGUACUUAUCGGGGGCCAUGCUGGAAUCAACUAUGGUACUUAUCAGGGGCCACACUGGUAUCAACUAUGGUACUUAUCAGGGGCACACUGGUAUCAACUAUGGUACUUAUCAGGGGCCAUGCUGGAAUCAACUAUGGUACUUAUCAGGGGCCACACUGGUAUCAACUAUGGUACUUAUCAGCGGCCAUGCCGGUAUCAACUAUGUUACUUAUCAGGGGCCACACUGGUAUCAACUAUGGUACUUAUCAGCGGCCAUGCUGGUAUCAACUAUGGUACUUAUCAGCGGCCAUGCUGGUAUCAACUAUGGUACUUAUCAGCGGCCAUGCUGGAAUCAACUAUGGUACUUAUCGGGGGCCACACUGGUAUCAACUAUGGUACUUAUCAGGGCCAUGCUGGUAUCAACUAUGGUACUUAUCAGGGGCCAUGCCGGUAUCAACUAUGGUACUUAUCAGGGACCACGCUGGAAUCAACUAUGGUACUUAUCAGGGGGCCACACUGGUAUCAACUAUGGUACUUAUCAGGGGCCACGCUGGAAUCAACUAUGGUACUUAUCAGGGGCCACGCUGGAAUCAACUAUGGUACUUAUCAGGGGCCACGCUGGAAUCAACUAUGGUACUUAUCAGGGGGCCACACUGGUAUCAACUAUGGUACUUAUCAGCGGCCACACUAGUAUCAACUAUAAGUACUUAUCAGCGGCCAGCCCGGUAUCAGCUAUAGUACUUAUCAGCGGCCAUGCCCGGUAUCAACUAUAA